CCAAGUAAAACUCAUCGAUCACAGUGCCCAAGUAAAACUCAUCGUUCACAGUACAGCUGAUCGUUUUCACUAUUCAGUCAUCAAAUUGCAAGAAGCGGCGGUGAUGACAUGAAAGGAGCCGCACAAUUGCCAAUUUUCCGCUCAAUAUCAUACAUCCGACGUUUCAAAUCACUCAUAUCUGUCUCCUCUCGCAAUUCCCACUCCGCAUCAGUCUCAGUUCAAUGCUCAGACACGGUAGAAGCUACAGAAUCCGGUCAAUUCAAUGGCGUAAUCGAUGAUAAGGACCUUCUCAGAAAAUCCCCAAAUGGCAAUCUCCUAGUCCUCGACCUCAUCGAUCGCCGCGCUCUCCAACCCGACGCCAAAUUAUACGUGGACCUCUUCAAGAAAUGCACUGAUCAGCGGAAGCUCAAAGAGGGCCUAAUCGCCCACGCUCACUUCGCGACGUCGAGCUUCAGAAACUACGUCGUUUUGCAGAAUACAGUUGUGAAUAUGUAUGCGAAAUGCUGUGAUAUGGAGAGUGCACGCAAGGUGUUUGAUGAAAUGACUGAACGAGAUAUGGUUUCUUAUACUAUGCUAAUCACUGGCUAUUCGCAGAAUAAUGAGUUCUAUAAAGCGUUGAGGUUGUACGUGGAGAUGGUGGAGAUGGGAUUAAAGCCUAAUGAAUUCACAUUCGGAAGCGCUCUGAAAUCGGCUGGUGGUAUGCAGAGUGUAUCAAUGGGUAGAGGGAUUCAUGGUGUUUGCAUCCAAUUCGGGUUCGGGGAUAAUGUCUAUGUUGGUAGUGCAUUGGUGGAUAUGUAUGCAAGAUGUGGUAAAAUAGACGAAGCGAAAGUUCAAUUUGAUCAGCUUAAGAUUAGGAAUGAAGUCUCUUGGAAUGCGCUGAUUGCAGCAUACGCAAGGGAAGGAGAGGGGCAUUGUUCUCUUAAGCUAUUCGCAGAGAUGAAAAGGGGAGGUUUUAGACCCACUCAUUUCACAUACUCGAGCAUCUUUGCAGCCUGCGCGAGCAAUGGAGCUAUGGAGCAGGCGAAAUGGGCGCAUACGGAUAUGAUUAAGAUGGGAGUGGAGCUCGUUGCGUUUGUUGGCAACACGCUUCUUGACAUGUAUGGCAAGGGUGGGAGCAUUGAGGGCGCAAAGAAGGUUUUUGAUCGGUUGGUGAAGAAGGACGUUGUUUCGUGGAACUCAAUGCUCACUGCCUACGCACAGCAUGGACAUGGCCAGGAGGCCAUUGAUCUCUUUGAGAAAAUGCGCGAUUUGGGGCUCGAGCCGAAUGAGAUUAGUUACCUUUGUGUAAUCAAUGCUUGCAGCCACACUGGGCUCGUUGAGAAAGGGCUGCAUUAUUUUGAAUUGAUGAAAGAAAAUAAGUGUGUUCCGGAGAUUACACAUUAUGUAGCGAUUGUUGAUCUUCUUGGUCGCGCUGGGGAGCUCGAGCGUGCAGAAAGAUUCAUAUUGAGUAUGCCGAUUGAGCCUACAGCAGCAAUCUGGAAGGCUCUGCUUGGAGCUUGUAGGGUGCACAAGAACAUGUUUUUAGGCGGAUAUGCAGCUGAGCGCGUCUUUGAGCUUGAUCCUUACGAAUCCGGGCCCCACAUGCUGCUCUCAAACAUCUACGCCUCUCAUGGGAGGCGCAACGAGGCUGCAAGAGUGAGGAAGGUAAUGGCUGAGAGCGGUGUGAAGAAGGAGCCGGCUUGUAGUUGGGUGGAGAUUGGGAGCUCUGUGCAUCUUUUCGUUGCAAAUGAUGACAUGCACCCGCAGAGGGAGGAAAUUCGUGCGAAGUGGGAGAAGUUGAGAGAGGAGAUCAAGAAAAUGGGGUAUGAAGCAGAUACAAGCCAUGUGCUGUGGUAUGCAGAUGAGAGAGAGAGGGAGGAGAGGCUGCAGCUGCAUAGCGAGAAGCUGGCUCUGGCGUUUGCGCUGCUGAACACGCCAGAGGGGGGCUCGGUGUCGAUCAAGAAAAAUAUUAGAGUGUGUGGGGAUUGCCACAAUGCAUUCAAGUUUGUGUCAAAGUUGGUUGGUAGGGAAAUCAUCUUGAGAGAUACCAAUAGGUUCCAUCACUUUCACAAUGGCUCUUGCUCGUGUAGAGACUAUUGGUAGAUUCGAGAUGGUGUCAGCUGUUUUGAGUUAUAGAGGCCGUAGCAGAAGAAACGCUCGCUGCACAUCAUGUCUGACGAAUAUUUUGCUGCGUUGCAGACAUGAAGUUGAUGUUAUUUCUGCUCAAACGACGGAACAAGUUGGAACGAUUAAUAUUUCAGGUUCAGGCUUUUCUCAGCAUUGUGCAACAUGAUCAUGGUGAGGAGGCAACAAACCAAAGCUAUUCCCCA